UAGAGGCCUCACCAAGCGUAUCACUCGACUCGAGGCAUGUACCGUGUAGCCGACAGUUUACUUCGUGAUUUCGAACCGGCUGAUUCGUACACGCUUCCGAGACGUAGACGAUUCUCCGUGAAUAAGGUGAAAUAACAAGAAGAGUUGACUAAUCGCCAUGGGGGUACACGCUAGAAGUGUCAAUGACAGUGUGAGACUCGCGUUGUCGACGAAAGAAGAAGUGUCAUGGUCAACGACAGAAGAGCCCUUUACUCCCGAAGAAGAAGACGCGAUAGUAACAUUAGUGGUAAUCGUGAUCGGUAUCAUUGCAGCCAUAGUAAUAUUGUUCUCAAUGGGAAUUUUCAUCGAUUGCAAACAUCAAGAGAAGAACAUUUUAAACAAAAAGAAGUUGAAAUUAAAAAUGCCACCCUUAUCGCGAACAAAGAGGAGUCAAAAGGAAGAUGUCAAGUGUUUAGCGGCGAAUAUGUCUCCAAUUAGUACUAGCGACGCUAGUUUUCGAACGCGUGACGCCAUAGUUUGACACCUUUUCGCGAUUCAUCGAUCAUCAACGCGAACGAGACUCGAGAUGUUGCUCAGUAUUUUCAUCAAACUUCUUCGUCAAGCCAACAGGAAGUGUUGAACUUCCAAAAUUCAGGUGUAAUAAAUUUUGUGAGAGAAACUGAAGAAGUUCUUUGACCAUCCAACGUCGUUCGCGCAACUGUGAUUUACAUGUCCCUAUCUAUCUCUCGAUCGCAUCGAUCGCGUGUCGUGAUUGCUUUCAAACAAGAGAGUGACGGAACUUUAUAAAGAACUUGGAAGCUAACGCUAUUACAGCAAAAUUUUAGUGACUGAUCAAAUCAUCAAAUACCAUUCACUCAAUUAUUUAAUUUCUGAAUCAUAAAAUGUGAAAAUCAAAAAAUGUCUGUAUGUAAGUAUUCGAACAGUCGUAUAUAAUGUAUUAUGUAUGUGCGGAACAUUUUGGCACAUAAGCACUGUAAUUAGCACUGUAUUAUAUAAACUUCAAUUUGUAUUAUUACAUUUACAAUGUAACUUCCAUAUGCAUUUUCUAAUUGGUUUCAAAUUUUAUCAACACAAUCAUGAUAUUCCAAAUAUAGUAUCUACAAUAUACAAUGAGCUUGAUUGCCAUGAUAAUUUAUUGUUGAUUUUUAAUAAUAAUGUUCAGUGAAGUCUUCUACUUGAUUACUCAAAUUUAUUGUAUGUCCUUUACUUAAUAGUUCAGAAAAUAUAAAUAUAACAAUAUUAAUUUAAGAAUAAAUUGUAGAUAAGCAACUGAAAAAAUGCAAUGUAGAUCUCACUGAACACUAUUAUUUAAAAAGAAAAAUUUUUCAAUCGGUUCAACUAUAGAAUAAUUGUGAUCAUUAAAACUGCAGAUUUUUAUUCGUUUAUGUAAAAUUUGGAAAUUCAUAUAAUAUAUAAAAAUACAUAAAAUAGUGAAACUAAAUCGAAAAUAGAUUUUUGUUUAAAUCCUAUUUUCGACUGCGUUUAUAAAAAUGUAAGUGAUCCACAGUCUAGUGGUCACAUUAGAUGAUUUAUUCCGUAAUUUUUUAAUCUUAAUUGUUCGAAUACUCUUGUAUCGUAUUUGUAAGUAAUUUUGAUAUGAAUCGAAUCAAAAAUCCGAACGAAACCGGACCUUAUACGAACGUAUCCAAAUGCUUUCCUUAAAGGUCUAGUCAUUUCUUCGACCUUGUAACGACGGGCAAAACGAUGAGACCUCGAUGCCUUAAUGGCACAAUAACUUCGUUAACGAUUCAUAAAUGUUUGGAAAAAUCGCUGACGUUAAUCGCGAAUAUAUUUGCUUAUCGUGAACGCAACAUGUGGCACGUCAGCGCUCUCAAUACAAAUUGUACAUUAUUUCACUACAUAUCUAUUUAUAUUACGUGUACAUACUGCAAACGGGAGAAAUGUAUAUAAAUGUAUUGUCAAAAAUAAAAGACUUUAUUAUCUUGCA